AGAAAUAAUUGAGCGAAGUGAAAGGCGAGUAUUCAUUCAGGGACCUUGACUGGCGCUGCUGAAGCCUGGAGGCUCAGGAGUGAUUCAGCAGCAGCACCAGGGAGCAGGGGGAGAGAGGAGAAAAGAAAAGAGAAGAAAGGAGAAGGGAGGGAAAGAAAGAAAGAAAAGAAGAAGAGAAGAGGAGGCGAGUGAGAGCUGCGCGCUGCUUUGGAUGCGCUAAUUCUUCGCCGAACGCGCAAAAAUUACACCGAGCUGGAUGGUUGAAACCGAUGCAAACUUCUCCCACGUCACUUCAAACCUCGUGUUUUCACUUCAGAACCGACACCGAAUUGAUUCAGUUCCACAUUUCAGUUGGAUUUUGGCGGAUGCGUGGAGCGCGCCGGACCUAUCCAGGGGUGUAACCGCGGCGCUUCUCCUGGUGCGUCUUUGCGCUGAGAGUGGAGCGUGUUUGCGCGCGCGUGUGUGAGUGAGUGCGUGAGUGUGUGCGAGUGCGUGCGUGUGUGAGUGAGUGACAGGUGGAAGAUCAGCCGGAGUGGCCGACCAGUCAGAAGGAUGCUGGAGGGCAAUGCCUGCAGACAGAGAGGAUGAGAUUUGUCGAAAGGCGCUGGAACUGCUGUCAGACCUGUGCUCCAAGGGGGAGGUACAGGACGACAACUGCCUGGACUUCAUCUACUACUUCAGGGACCUGGCCAGACCCCGCUACACGGACUCAGAUGUAUCGGUGAGUCUGCUGUCCCUGCUGGUGACCACCUGUGGUCUGGCGCUUUUCAGCGUCUCCCUCUUCGUGUCAUGGAAGCUGUGCUGGGUGCCGCUGAGCGGCCGCUUCCUCCCAGAUGUCCUCAAGGGGGCGCACUUCCUGGGAGGAGACCAACAGCCCGUCCUCACGGAGGUGGACGGCGAAGAGAGGGAGUACAGCGAAGAUGGGUGCAUGAAGGACCCCACGGGGCCCCCGACGGCCACGGCGGUCCCAGAGUCAGGCCUAAAGAUAAGCCACACAUCGCCUGACAUCCCACUGGAGACCCAGGCCAAGGUGGAGAAAAACCACCAGGCCCACACUUUAGCCAGAGACAGAGUCCAGAGGCAGAUCACUGAGCCUACCUCGUCUGUACGUCACAACUCCAUCCGGCGUCAGAUGAACCUGUCCAAUCCAGACUUCAACCCUGCUCAGUUCCAGCGCCAGGAGUCUCUGUCUGGUUUGGGCCGAAUCAAACCAGAACUUUACAAGCAGCGCUCAGUGGAUGCAGAAGACGGGCGUCGGACCGACAGCUGCGGGCGUCUCCACUUCAUCCUGAAGUUUGACUUUGACCUGGAGCAGCUGAUCGUGAAGAUCCACAAGGCCCAGGACCUUCCUGCAAAGGACUUCUCAGGGACCUCUGAUCCUUACGUGAAGAUCUACCUGCUGCCUGACCGCAAAACUAAGCACCAGACCAAGGUGCACCGCAAGACACUCAACCCAGUGUUCGAUGAGGUGUUUCUGUUUCCUGUGGCGUACGCUGAGCUGUCGAGCCGCAAGCUGCACUUCAGCGUCUAUGACUUUGACAGGUUCUCACGCCAUGAUUUAAUUGGCCAGGUGGUCGUGGACAACUUCCUGGAUCUUGCUGAUUUCCCCCGGGAGACAAAAUUGUGCCGCGAUAUACAAUAUGUAACCUCGGACAAUGUGGAUCUGGGAGAGCUGAUGUUCUCGCUGUGUUAUCUCCCCACGGCCGGCAGACUCACCAUCACCAUGAUCAAAGCCAGAAAUCUCAAAGCCAUGGACAUCACUGGAGCUUCAGAUCCAUAUGUGAAAGUGUCCCUGAUGUGUGAAGGCAGGAGGCUGAAGAAGAGGAAGACAUCUACCAAGCGAAACACUCUGAACCCCGUGUACAACGAGGCCAUUGUGUUUGAUGUCCCUCCUGAGAACAUAGACCAGAUCAGCCUCCUCAUAGCCGUCAUGGACUAUGAUCGGGUCGGCCAUAAUGAAGUGAUUGGGGUGUGCCGGGUGGGCAGUGAAGCGGAGAACCUGGGCCGAGACCACUGGAGCGAGAUGCUGACGUAUCCACGCAAACCCAUCGCACACUGGCAUCCACUCAUAGAGUGGGUCGGACAGGGGACGACGGGGAGUGGAAGCCAAGGAGGAUCCACCAACUCCCUGAAGACACCACCAUCACCCUGACCACACACACAACUACACAACCACACACAGAGGACGGUUUGUAUGGUGUUGGACCUACAGUUAUUGCUAUGACAUAAAACAUGCCGAUCAAGGCCGAGACCUAACAAGCAACUUCAGUAGUACCAUCAGCAUAAAGCCAUUACUUGUACUGAUGUGUCAUUAGGUUGAUCUGAGCUUAAGUGUACUAAGACUGUUGCAAAAGCUAAUCCCCACUUUUUACUUCCUUGAGUCUUCACAACCAAAAAUCACUUAACGACAUUCCAAGUACUACAGUACUUCCAUUUGUCAUUUUGAGUUGUUACUGACAGCAUUAACAAGUUGUUGAGAUUAUCUAACAGGCCAAGCAUUUUUUUUUUUUUUUUUAAAUCACAGUGUGUGGACCAAACUCUUUAACUCUUAGAUGAAUGUGUGAGGCUGUAAUGGUGGAUUAUUAGUUAUCAAAAGUACAGUAUUUGCAGUAAGAGUCAGAGUUAUUGUAACAGAAGAGAUGUCUGCAACUGAUAUCAAACUGGUUUCAGCUCUACUCAACAUUUGGUUGGCUGUUGAGCGCUGGAACUACUCACCCGAAGCAGCCGCCGGGUACUAGGGGAGUUUCUUAGUGUAAACGUUUUACUUCAACAAGUGACUCACAGACCAAGUUUCAUAAAGAUGUACAAGAGGACUUGGUACAAGAAUGUGUAAAGCAGCUGAGAGAGGGAACAUAUAGUAUUUGAUUUACUGCAUGUUAAAAUUGUCAUACUUUGUCAACAGGGUGUGGUCAAAAUAACGGAAAGACAAGCAUACUCAUUGUCAGAGGUGAGUAGGUACAUUCGUCUGGCAAGUGGGAAGUUAACUGUGCAGUGACAGAAUCAUUGUUCAUCUUCAAGUGGAACCAAUUUUCAUUGACAUUCGAGUUUAAGGAUAAUACAAUAAUUCUGUUUUUCCACACAUUAGAAGUUUUUUUUGUAGAGACCAUUAUUUCUGUUGGUCAUUAGCUGAAGACUGUAUUUACAAAAGGAACAGGUUUUAUUUGCUCUAGUGAAAUGGACAUAACCCAGAAUGUUGACUAGCUAGUACUGCUAAUUAAAAAAUGAUGCUGAUUCUUAGUUAUACUCCUGUUUUUUUUUUUUUGUUGUUAUUGUGGGUUUUUUUUUUUUUUACCAAAAGCUGGAAAUGAUUUUUGUAGUGACCAUCAUUUUUGUAGCUAAUUUAAUAAAGAUUGUACCGUCACACCCAGGUUUAGUUAGUUUAAGUACAUUUUUGUGACCAUGUGGACAAUGGUUUUUAAUGAUUUGUUAUUAAAAAAAGCUGCCCUCUCCAGUUGGAAAUAAAUAAAUAAUAAAUUUAAAAAAACUAAGAGAUAAAACUAUGGGUUAAAAAAAGGAAAAGACAAUAGAAACAGGCAAGUUAAAAUAGGCCAAAAUGCUUUUCAGAGCUACCUACAAUGACAGCGAUAGGUAAAUUAACUGCUUUUUGUGUUGUUGUUUUUUUUUUUUUUUUUUACUUCCAUUCAUUAAAAAAGGGGGUAAUUAUUCAAAUUAAAAACAGCAGAUACAGAGUAACUUUAUUAAGGCCCAGGGAGAAAUUCAGUGUCCAUCAGCUCAAGAAAAUGAAAAAACUGGCAAAUGAAAAUUAAAACUACUAUUCUGAACUGGUCUACUUCUAGUUUAGUCAAAAGAAUAUCUUUUAUGCAACUAAUAAUAAUAACUGUAAUUACAGAUGCACCAGUCUCUGAUGUAGUGAGGCAGGAAUUGAAUUGGAAUUUGAUAAAAAGGCUUCCAUAAAAAAAAAAAA